GAUGUCCUGUCCCGAAUGCGGCGCAGAGUGUGUCGUUGAAGACGACGGGUUCAAAGUCUGCACAAGUUGCGGACACUAUGAAGAACAGACCAUCCUAGCUACCCAUGUCGAACACUACAACGACCCGUCGUCUAGCAGGGCUGUCCGCAAUCGAAAAGGAUGGGAUCUUGCCGGCCAGUCCAAGGAAGCCCGCGACAAAAGGAACAUGACAUCCAUGUCUAUCUUCAUCAAUUCUGUCUUGACCAGGCUAAACAAUCCCGGUCUAUCCCCACGAGCCCAAGCCAUAUUCGCACAAGCAAUGGCAGCCGGUGGAUAUAGGUGGGGUCGCAAGGCAAAGCUCACUGCAGGCGCUUCUGUGGCAAUAGCCCUCCGCGAGUCGCACAAGUCAGACUCGCUGCGCGAUAUCGCAUUUCUCCUGGACGAAUCCCGGCUUUCCAUCGCCCGCGCUUUCCAGUCCGUCGUUUCCCUUCUCAACUUCUCACUUAGCUCUACAGACCCCUCCGUCCAUUUCCCAGCUCUACAAACACACCUCGUCUCGCUUAUUCGCCCUGAUUCCGGCUCAGCACCGCCUACUUCUGCCACAAGGCUUCCUGUGGAUCUGCUCGCUACACUUACGCCCCUCUCUUUGCCCGCUGCUAUUCGCACAGCAACAUCUCUUGCGGGAAUUAUAUCCGCUUACGUCCCGCCGCUCCCUAUCACGUCCCUUCCCACACCCCCUACUGCAUGUGCUCUCCUCAUCCUUGCAGCUCGAAACCGAUAUACUGAAUUGGCAUGUGCCCUCGGAAGCCGAUUUGGUCUCUCGGGCGGUGUCGUCUCAUCGCGAUACAAGACAAUCUACGAUCUCAUCGAGGUAUGGAUCCGUGACGUCCCCUGGCUUGAUCAGUUCCCGCAGAAAAACAAGGGUCGCAGUCGUCCAAAGCUCCCUAAACGUGCCGUUGUCGCAAAGGGAAUUAAAGACGUUAUCCAGUUCCGAGAAGAGAUAUGGAAGAAGCAGAUCGAUGGGCAACGCAAGAUUAGCCUUGUGAUUGAGCCUGACCCUAGCGAAAAUCCCGCGGAAAGUGCCAGUAGUUCGAGAUCUUUCGUCGAAUACAAUGUCCCCGAAAAUUCAACCGACGUUCGAUCGCAGGCUACAAAACGGCGCAAGAUUAUCCACGGAAGUACAUAUGAAGCUUGUCGGUUCUUAUUGAAUCCUCUAUCAUUUCCGACCACGUCAUUCCGCGGAUCCUCUUCCUCUCGCGAAUACCCGGGUAACGGAACAGAUGCCGGCGACAGUAACCUUGACGUAUCUCUAGCGACGGAUUUGCUAACGCGCCCUAACGAAGCAGAAGAAUUCUUUACGUUCCAAAGCAAAGACCCACCAACGCGUCUUCAGCUUCUCGCGCUAUCUCGAGGGGGCAGUGCGCCGCAAGACAUUUCUGAUGAGGAACUGUUCGAACAAGGCGAGUUGGAGGGACUGUUUAGGAGUGAAGAGGAAAGAGAUGCUCUAAUACCUUUGUUUGAGCUGAACUGGGGAACACAAAGCUCAGCCAAGGAUUCAACCCCUGUUUCACGACAAAAUAAGCCGAUACGGACGGAACCCAACCGUGGCGCAAGACGUAUCAACAUGGAGGUUUUAAGCCGUAUACUUGAAGGAGGAAGUACUGAACUUUCCCUGUCGGAUGCAGGCUGGGAAGAUAACUCGGAAGAGGAUGACAACGAGAACAAAGCUGACCAAUUUGCAAAUCGACUUGACUUCUCGGUCGAAAACAUAUGCUCUUCUCCUAUCAGCGAACCUAGGCGUAUCGGUCGUUCGUCGAUAGAAGAGGAAGUCGAGACGAUAGAUGAUUGGCGGCCCCUUUCUCCGGAAGCCGGGUUUAGGCGAUUUGGCAAUACUGCUGAAGCCGAUAGGUAUGAGCAGGAAUGGUAACGACAUAAUCGAGAUCUUCAUAAUAUAUAUUGUCCGUUCGACGUCUCUUGUGAUACCAUGUCUUCGACGAAUGCUCACCCGUUAUCAUCAUCCUGUGGGUUAUUCUUUCCUUUUAGUACCAAUGAUAUCUCUACCCCAAGGCUUUUGUUUCCGGCUUUUGAUAUUCCCUCCCGCUUCCCUGAGCUGCUUCUCGACUUCUGCUUCCUGCAGCUUUGCUAAAUA